AUGCUGGGGAACUACGCCGUCUGCAGGCUAACCGCGUUCUCAGACGUUAAACUCACGGUCGAAACAACUAAAAACGAACCAACCCUCUCUCUCCUCCUCCUCCUUGAAGUCAUCCUCCUUCCCGACAAACCACUCACCAGGCUGGUAGGGUGAGUCCGCUCACUCGGGCAGUCUGGAAUGUUCGUCCCUUUCCAGACCACCCGAGGUGCAAUCGACCGGAACGGAGGACGGCUACACCAUCUUCUGGAGUGGUCGACCCAAGGCAGAGCGACGAGACGCGGGUGUCGCCUUUGCCAUCCGGACCGACAUCGUGGGACGACUGCCCAGUCUGCCGCAGGGCAUCAGCGACCGCCUAAUGAGCCUCCGUCUGCCUCUUCGGGGUAGGGGCACAUUCUCCAUCAUCAUCAGCGCCUACGCUCCGCCGAUGACCAGCCCCGACGCCGUCAAAGACAAAUUCUACGAGGACCUGCAUGCCCUCUUGGCGACUGUGUCGAAGGCGGAGAAGUUGAUUGCCCUUGGUGACUUCAACGCCCGCGUCGGCGCAGAUCAAGCAGCCUGGAGGGGUGUGCUAGGCCCCCAUGGUCUCCCCGGCUCAAACGAAAAUGGCCUGCUGUUUCUCCGUACUUGCGCAGAACACCGCCUCAUCCUGACGAACACGUUAUUCUGUCUGCCAGAGCGAGAGAAGGCCACCUGGAGGCAUCCUCGGUCGCGUCAGUGGCACCUGCUGGGCUAUGUUCUCGUCCGGAGGCGAGAUCAGAAAGAUGUGCUAGUGACAAAGACCAUCCUGGAUGCCGACGGGUGGACCGACCAUUACCUCGUAAUCUCAAAGAUGCGUAUUCGCCUACAGCCUCGCAGGAGACCACAAGGUAAGUGGCACCCAGGUAAGCUGAAUAUUGCCUUGCCGGUUUUGCACGCUCACCAUCUUCAUUUCAGCAAUGAGCUAGCUCAACGGUUAGACAACCUUCCUAUCGCUGCCGCCGCCGCUGCCGAAAACGCCUCCGUGGAGAACCGCCGGUGUCAACUGCGGGACACGGUCCAGUCGACGGCGCUCGCCGUCCUCGGUCGCGCUCCCCGCCAACACCAGGACUGGUUCGACGACAACGACGCCGUCAUCAGCAACCUGUUCGCCGAGAAGAACCGCCUACACAAAGCCUACGUGGAUCACCCCACUGACUACAACAGAACUGCCUUCUACCGCAGUCGCCGCCUUGAACAACAGCGACUACACGAGAUGCAGGACACCUGGACGGCUGGCAAGGCCAAGGAGAUCCAAGGCUACGCGCACUGCAACGAAUGGGAGAAAUGCUUCGCCACGAUCAAAGCUGUCUGCGUUCCGCCGACUAAAGGAACUGCACAUCUUGGCGCCGACGUCAGUGCCCUAUUCACUGAGAAGACACAGAUUCUACAGUGA